UGGUAGCAACGCGUGUGGACAGUUUGGCAUUUUGUGAUGUGAGAUUUUUAUUAAAGUUUUUAUUAUGAUCUCGCUAUAAAAAUUUGUAAGAACGUUCACGUUAAUCACAAUAUUAAUUGUUGAAAAUUUUAAGUAAUUCCGUCGGAAUUCGAGUGGCCCGUUGGAAUGGAACGCAAUAUCUCCUCUACAGCUCUUCAUAUUUGGUUAAAAGAUGAAAUUAAAAAUUGAUGGAAUGCAAAUAAAAACAUUAGAACAUAUGUGAUGAGAAACAUCAUUUUGUUGUAUUAGGAUAUAUGGAAAUGAAGCAAAUAUGUGUUAGUGACCGAUUAAAAUGUUCAGUUUGGAUCUGGACCAGUAAGUGAAUAGUGAUAGUGUGUACGGUAUGAACGGUAGGGAUAUGUGUUAGAUUUAACGACAUGAUCAAGGAAAAGCACGAUAAAGGGCCGGAUAGUGUAAAGGAGGAGCCGGGGAGUUCUGACAAAGACUGCACAAAUGCGGAGGCCUGUAUUAAAAAGGAGGACGAUUCUACAAGCGCAAGUUGCCCCGUAAAAAAGGAACCGGGCAGACCUAUUACUAAAAAUGGAGGUGUCAUCGGCUCCACAAACACAGGAUCCUUGCAUAGUAAUAGUGAACGCAAGUGUGAAAUAGACGAUACUUCCUCAAAUAACGAGAUAAGUUCUAUACCGCCUAAAAGUGAGGAAGGUCUUGAGGCAGAAGUGUCUAGUGAUGCGUUUGGACUCAGUUUACCCAAUGCACCCCCUCAUCCUCCACCACCCGAUGGAGUGCAACAACUGCCCAGUAAUAUUAUCAAUAAGCAAUCGAAUAAUAUGGAAGUUCAAUACAUGCAACAGCAAAGUCAAAUAUUUGUUUUUUCUACAAUGUUAGCGAAUACGGGAGCAGAAGAAGUAAUUCAGGGACGUUAUCCUUCAAUAAUCGCUUAUCACUGUGCACAACCGGGUACAAAAAAAUAUCUUGAAAAGAAUCCGCUUAAAGUGAAUCAGUUCAAUCGUCAAAGUACUCAAUGGCUCAAUAAUUUAACGAUGAUUAAAAAUAAAGGCUGCACUCGAAGUCCCGGUUUAAUUCCCAAGGGUCAACCACCUUUAGAUAGCUUUUUAGGCCCGGAAGGUUUAGAUGACAUGGUAGGACUAGGUGACGGUGACCUAUCGUGGGACCAAAAAAAUAGCCAUCACUUGGAAGGUUUGGAGAGUGUCAGUAACGGUCUACCCGAUGUUGUAACAGACAUGGAUUCUUGCAGUCCAUCGCUGGCAAACAUGCAACCUUCUUUGCAGGGAGUAAAAGUGCCUGACGAAAAUUUAACUCCUCAACAACGACAACAUCGUGAAGAACAGCUGGCAACGAUUCGGAAAAUGCAACAAAUGCUUUUUCCUGAGAAUCAAAAUGUAGAAGGUGGCGAGAGUCCCGAAUUACCGCACAAUAUAAUUGGUGGAAAUCCGGGUGGUAUGCACGGGACGAACGCACCCGGUCCCAUGUCUGCACAAAUUGAAUGGCAAAAGUUGCAACAGCAGUUCUAUGAAGAUAGAACAAAAAAACCAGAUGGUCGACAGGGCGGUCCACCGAUUGGCCCUCCUGGUUCGGCCUGCGUUGGGGGACCCGCUAUGCUAAGAGGUGCUCCUGGCCAGAGCCCACGCUUGCAAGGCCCUCCGCCCCCUUAUCAUCAAACUCAACGUUCUGCCAGUGUUCCUGUAGCAUUACAAAGCCCUAACCCGGGCUCUCCUAAUAAUCCUACAUCAAAUUUGUCUUUGCCAUCACCAAGAGCUUCCUCGGCCCUCAACUCUCCCGCCGAAUCAAAUCGACCGUUCGGCCUCACCAGACAUAUGAGCACCGGUCAAAGUCCAACAUCACAAGAGUCUCCCACAGCACCUCGUCGUAUUCCCAGUAAUCCCGGUACUCCGGUAUCAUCUCAUUUAUCACCUAGUGUAACUAGUGGCAGUAAUGAACCGAACAGCAGCCAUCAAUCGUCAGUCGAUGGAAUGUUUGGACGCACACUACAAUCUAUGGCACAACAAAAGCAACUUAAUACAGUAGCACAUGGACCACCUUCUUCGGUCAAGGAACCUAAUCUCAUGCCCGUUCCAUCACCUCAGCAAAUACAGUAUCUUAAUACGUUCGAAGGUCAAGAAUUAAUUAUUCAGAAACAACCAAAUACCAGCCUUAAAGAAGGAAAUGUGAUAUCACCUCCGGCUUUAUCUUCUUCCAUGGAUAAUGCUUAUUCUGGCAAUACGGAAAUACCAUCAACGCGUGUUUCUGGUCCAAAUACACCAACUUCAAUCGAUAUUGGGCGAUUUCCCACAACGCCAGGAGUAUCGGCGGAAGGUUGUCGAUUUCAGAUACCGAGUCCCCAUACUCCUACAGCGACCACAGGUGAAAAAGCGCAACGGAUUGGAGGUCCUACUGCUGCGGGUUUAAGUCCACAAACAGGUCCAGGCCCAUCGUCAGAUUCUCUUAAAGGAGAUCUGUUUCCGACACCCAGUCCGCAUAUGAUGGAUGUGCACAGGUUUCCAGGACCUAAUACAUCUCCUGUUCCAAAAAUGAGCGGGGGUUUUGUAAAUGUUUCUCCAUCAGGAAAACCGUCUUCUUUGGAUAUGCCUCCGUAUGGAUGUCCUAGAGCUGAUAAUGUUCCUUUGAAUCCGAACUGUACAAGUACCAUGUCAGGGAAUCCUAAAGUGUCUCAUUUUGAUCCCAUAUCUUCUUUAGCACAAAUGAGUCAACAACUAACGAAUAGUGUGGCUAGUUCUUUAAACGGCCAAGGUGGUCAGGGUGGAGGUAUGAUGAGCUUUGGUUCAACUUCAAUGCACAUGAUGGAUAUGGGCAGUUGUCACAGUUUAGGAGAUCUAGAUCAAGGUCCUGGUAAUAUGCUGGGAAUGCAGAUGCAAGGGCCUCCGCAUGGAUUUCAUCCCAGUUCUCCUAUGGGACCAAUACGGUCAUUGUCGCCCAAAUUACCAGGUGCCUUCCCCAAUCACAUACCCAUGCCUCGCAUGAUGGGUCGACCGCCAGGACCUAAUCCGUACAAUGGAGCGAAUGUGCAAGUAAAACCUAAUGCGCCAAACACGAUACAAUAUAUGCCGGCGAAAUCUCAACUUGGCAAUACAGCAAGUCCGAGGGGACCACCUAGUCUAGAAUUUUUACAAAGAUUUGCAAAUCCACUUUCAAAUUUGGAAUCAAAAAUGCCCACGCAAAAUCUACAAUAUUUUCCAAAUUGUGGACCAGGUGGUGGACAAAUGCAAGGACCGGGUGGUCCUGUAGUGCCCCCGCACAUGGCACAUAUGGAUGGUCCUAUGGGCCCCGACGGUUCAAUGGGCCCCAUGAUGCCAGGACCAAUGGGAAACGGAGCAGGUGCAAUUAUGGGUGGAAGUAUGGGUAUACCUGGUCCCGGAGGAAUGAUACCUUUGAUGAGAGGUCCGAUGAGACCACCUGGGAUGAUGAGAAUGCCACAAAUGGGUUUCAAUGGUCCACCCAGUGGAGGUCCGGAUGGAAUGUUUAAUCCCGGCCCAAAUAUGAACAAUCCCAACGCACAGAUGUUCGUAAGUGGUCCUAAAGGCAGCCCGAUGGGUAUUGGAGCACCAGAUGCCAGUCAGCCCCUACCCCCUUCGAUGGGACAGAGCAAUAGUUUUAAAAAUUCUCAGUUUGUGGGACCAACCACGGCUGAUCCCAAUUACGCACAGCAAUUCCAUAACUUCCAGCAGCAGCUUUACGCAACGUGCACACGUAGUCAAAUUGGUAGUCAAACGAUGGGCCCCGGACCGGGGCCUCCACAUUCGCAGCAACCGCCCUAUUUUAAUCCCAAAUGAUAAUAGCAAACGUGGUGCUGAGUGUACUGUAUCAAAGGAUUUUGUUUUAUUUUUGAUAUUACUAAUGACAAAAACCUGGCAAUAAUGCGAUGUGAGGUUCAUUUUGUAUAUUCUCGUCUGUUUAUAUGUUGUACGCAUCGAAUUCAAGUGCAGUUAAGGGUUUGGCAUCCACUGUUGGUGUACAAAAAUGCCUUCCCUGUAUGAGGGCUCUGCUCGCCUGAUACUUAUGCUACUUUGGAAUUGUAAAUUUGCCAUAACUUAGAAAGACAAUUUAGUAUAAAUUACUUUUAGUGUUGGACUUGCUUAGUCCGUUCGAAGACAAGAGGUUUCACUAUUGCUCAUAUUGAUUUGUUUCUAUCCACCUGUUAUUCGUUUUAUUGUACAUUUUAUGAGUAUUACAUGAAUGAAAUGAUAACAAUAAAAUUCUAUAUUAUAUA